AGGAUGAUGAGAAAAUAACUACCGACGAUGCAAGCCGCAGAAAACGAGAGAAGGAAAGAAACUCGUUUCCUCCAACAUCAAAUCGCCUCCCAAAGAUGCAAGAAUCCCGAAUUUUCAACGUGUUGAGUGUUUGAUGCCGCGUUCAUCGAAUCAUCGCCUCGCAUGCCGAAACGCAGGUGCCUUUCCGCCAAUCGCUUGCAGAUGCUCCUCCUCUUCCUGCACUCCCGCGCAUGCGAACGAUUUGGGCUCACGAAAGUCAAAAAGGCAUGAAAAGCUUAAAAAGCUGUUGCUGUUCAAUGCUCUUCGUCUUCGACUGGCAGCGAGCGGUAGCGUGUGCAUGCAGAGAGAAUCGCAGCCGAAAGGAAUUGCAAGAAGAGAAAGGUCCUUGCAGAUGCAUGCACGCCACGUUUCCCAGCUGGAGAUGAUCACAGGAGAAAAGCAUGCAGUGGUAUGUACCACUAUGCAGGACUACCUGGCAUGGAAGUGGAUACAGUGUAUCGUCGAAAGCGUGAAGAUGUUGGCCCGCCGGCCAGCUAGCCGUCUAUUUGUUAUCCGCGUGAAGAGGUUGGACAUCUCGACAGGUUUGAAUUUUCCUUCGCUUUCGGAGAUUCGUGUCCUAAACGACUGGGAGGCAAUGGUGGAGUAAACAUAUAGUACACGGUGAACUAUUGAAGAAUCCAAUGCAGGGCUACUGUAUUGUGGGAGGUGCUCGGCAGCGAUCUCUCCGGGGGGCGUGCCUGAAUCACUUUCUCAUCGAGGAUUUGCUUUGUCGGGUCUCUUUGCCAUCGU